CAAUACAUAGCAGCACUUAUCCUUCAUACUAGCAAAGGCAAGGAGAGACAGAUAGAGAGAGAGAGAGAGAGAGAGAGAAGUGGAUGGAGAUCAAAGAGAGUUUCAUGGCUGUUCAUGAGGCGGCGGUGGAUCCGCUCGAGCUAAAACUUGGUAGCCUUGGUUAUAACCUGUCCCCGUCCUGCCACGGCGCGGACGUCGCCGUCUCCGGCCAUGCGGACUCCGCCAAGCAGCUGUUAGAAGAACCAUCACGGCAAAUCACUAUCUGUUACAACGGUCGAAUUUCCGUCUGCAACGUUACUAACUUCCAGGCAAGAGCCAUUAUGGACAUGGCAAAGAAUGAGAUGGAGAAAAACAAGUAUAGUAAGGAAGAGGAAGGCGAAGUGGCAAUUGCAAGAGAGACGGUGGAGCUUCAGCCAGGACUUUCUAUGAAGAGAUCGUUACAGAGAUUUCUUCAGAAGAGGAAGGCGAGAUUAAUGGCUGACAGCUCCUUCCCUUACGCACACAGAAAGCCAUUGCAGCUGUUCUGACGACGACUAACUUCAACAUACGAGUUAUUUUUUUCACCCUAAUGACAGUUUUUCUUGUUCUUUAUUUACUAUUGAGAUUUUAGAAGAAUUCAUGAAAGAAUUAAUACUCCAUUUACAUGUUUUGAUGUAUAAUUUUGGUUUUUGACAUUUAAACAUUGUAAGAAAAGGCGUGAAGUUUUUUUUUCCAUGCAUGUAAGCAUGUUAGUCUGUGAGCUUGUUGAUCACUUUUUAAAAUUUUUCUGAUGUUAUUGAAAAUUGAGACUGAGAAUGGGAAUAAAAGCACAAAUUAAA